AUGGUCAACGCGGAUCCUUCUUCUGCUGCAGCAGCAGCAGCAGCUGCUGCUGCUGCAGCAGCAGCAGCAGCACCAGCAGAAGCACCUGCUGCUGCUGCUGCUGCUGCUGCACUGUCUGAUCCUGCGGCGCCUUCGAAGCCACCAACAGCAGCAGCACCAGCACCAGCACCAGCACCAGCAGCAGCAGCACCAGCAGCAGCAGCAGCAGAGGAGGAGGAAGAAGAAGAAGAGAGCAGCAGCAGCGUUCCAUUCUGCAGCACAUACACAACCCCAUCAAGAGGACGAGGAAGAAGAAGAAGAGAGCAGCAGCAGCGUUCCAUUCUGCAGCACAUACACAACCCCAUCAAGCUAUCCAGCAGCAGCAGCAGCAGCAGUGUUGCAGGCAUCAGCACCGCUACCACCAGGACACGAAAUACAUACCAGCAGCUGCAGCAGCAGCAGCAGCUGCAGCAGCAGCAGCAGCAGCAGCGAUGA